AGGGCGAUUUGUUGACGAAUCGAACGCCACCGCCGCUUGUUCUUUGUCCUCGCGGUGACUGACUGCAUAUGAUCCCGCUGAAUGUACAUUAUUUAUUCAUCCGUUUACAGUCUGUAUUCAUCAAACAGAAGAUCUGAAGGAUGGUGUUAGUUCAUGUCGGAUAUUUGGUUCUUCCUGUCUUUGGCUCAGUGAGAAAUAGAGGAUCUCAUUUUAACAGGCAUCAGCACAGUCAUGCUACCUCUUGCCGGCAUUUCCACGUAGGCCCCCAGGCCCAGAUCCCUGUUGAUUUCCCAAUGCCCCAUCCAGGACAAUCUCAGACGGGAAUGAGCCAUCACCUCGGCCCCGCGCACCAGCCAGCCGCGGCGUUACAUCCACCCCUCAACCACAUACCAGCGCCACCGUUCCAGGACAUCCCGGCCCCGCCCUUCCUACCUCAGGCUUUACACCAGCAAUACCUCAUCCAGCAGCAGAUCCUGGAGGCUCAGCACAGGAGGAUACUUCCACAGCCCAGCAGACAUGCUCCAGACCGAACCCUUCCCCAUCCGCAGACGCUGCGGCCACCGUAUGAAUACCCGCCAUCCAUUCACAUUCCCCCACCGCCACCAGUGCCGCAGCAGCCGCGCUACCUUGCCGAAGGAACAGACUGGGAUCUGAGUGUGGAUCCAGGCCUGCCGCAGUACCACGUCUCUCCUCUCACUCAACACUAUCAGCAUUACCUGACCUCUCCGCGACUGCAUCACUUCCCCAGGAACACCACCUCAGCACAAGUGGUUGUCCACGAGAUCAGAAACUACCCAUAUCCUCAGUUACAUCUUCUGGCCCUCCAAAGCCUGAGUCCGUCUCGCCAUGCGUCUGCUGUGCGGGAGAGUUAUGAGGAGCUCCUGCAGUUGGAGGACAGAUUGGGCAAUGUGAACAGAGGGGCUGUGCAGACCACCAUCGAGAGGUUUACCUUUCCUCACAAGUAUAAAAAGAGAAGACCUCUGGAGCUGAAGAUCGGCAUGGAUGAAGAGGAGCUCGACACGGAUGAGAAAUGCACAAUAUGCCUCUCGAUGCUUGAAGACGGAGAGGACGUCAGGAGAUUACCCUGCAUGCACCUCUUCCAUCAGGCAUGUGUUGACCAGUGGCUGGCCACCAAUAAGAAGUGUCCCAUCUGCAGGGUAGACAUUGAGACGCAGUUGUCCCCCGACAGCUGAUGUCUCAUGUAGCACUAGCUAGAAGUCCUGUUGUCUUUCUUCGUCCCCUCGUGGGUACUUUGCCAAAUGUGUGUCAUCUCCAUCACCUCUCACCUCUGACCUUUGCCUUCUGAGCCAACUGACGAUGUAGAACAGGGAAGAAGAAAAGCGCUGCGGAGAAGAAUGUGUCCGUCGAUGAAGACUGUUUUAGUCAAAGUGCUCUGUAUGUGUGUGGGACGGCACACUACGUCUUGGAAUGAUCUCGGAUGAAGACCAACCAAAUGUUCUCAGUGUUCAGUAGGUCACGGAUGAAGCAUUACAGCAUGAACACCACAAAGUCCAACACAUUACACGUGGUUGGUCAUGAACCUUACACGUAGUUGAACGAAUCAUUUGGGAAAACAAACAAACAAACAAACAAAAAAUAACGGGAAUCAAAGUCAUUAGUGAACGAGAGAAGCGUAAGAGUAGAAUAAUGACCCUGUGUUUCAACAAAAGCUCCGUCGUCGUGUCUGUAAUUAUCGGAGGUGAUGCUUGACGUCCGUACAGUAUGUAACCGUAAGGCCAGGCUUGAUAUGAACUGUGACAGUCCGCAUUUUGUGCUCGUGACGCCUCCGACGCUUAGAAACGUAUCCACCAAAUGCAUGUUGAGAAGCGAGAGGCCGGGGUUCUUCUGACGAGAGGUCGACGUGCAUGAGGACGUUUCCUGCGCGACAUUCUACUAAUCCUGAAGACACUGUGUUCUCGUCGCGUCUCCACGAGUGAAAUAUGUACCUUAAUGCCUGUAGCACAAGCACACGUUGAAUAGUAACGGCAUAACUCUGUGUUUCCAUUCGCUCUGUGACUCGUGGUCUCGCUUGGUCGUAACAGCAGCAUCUGUAGAGUCAUAAUGUGCAUGAAACCUGUUUGCUGCCAUUUCUAGAGGACAUGACAAGGGAGUAAAGCCAUUUGUUUUAUAGAAACCAAACAUAACUUUUCUAAGCUGUUCUUCAUGAUCACUCUCUUUCUCGUUUGAUUUCUCCUCUUUCCUACUGUCGCCAACCUGUGCGCGGGGCUGGUACAGCUUCUCGACAUAAGUAGCUGCAAUGCUGGAAAAAACAAACAAACAAGUUAUUUAUUGUCGUCUUAAUGUAGUUAGUGGUUAUUUUUGUAAAUGCACUCACUUUCUGAAGAGGUCGUGUGAUUGUUUCUCUUUCCCUGCUUUUGCAUUUGCACUCAGUUUCCUUGCGUAUCGUGCACUCCAUCCAAAAAGAAAGAGACGAAAAAAAAAACCAAGGGAACUUUUUAACAGCACAGUUUCUUCGCGUAACGAUAGUCGUUGCCUCACUGACCACUUUCAAUGUACGUGACUGUUUUCCUGUAGCAUUUCAGAUGUCUUUGUAGUACGUUUGACGAAAUGACCUUCUCGACUUUGCUUUCGCAACUUUUCCAGAAUUCAAGCGUUCAGCUGCUUGGAAGCCAGGAAGUUGGAAGCGUCUUGUUUUUCGAUUACCGUGAUCUUUUUCUCAUCGUCCGUCUGGGUUUUAUAGUUUACACAUGAUAUCGUGCGUCGAAAUGCCUUAAGUAUUUAACAAUCAUAAUUUAUGACUAACUUUACCUACUAUGGGUGCGUAUUUAAGUUCCGAACUAGUAUCGCAAUGUAUUUAUUUACGUCAGCAUAACGUGUGUAUAAAUACCUCAUUGUGCUAUACUUUAAUGGGAGUGCUUUGCAUGCGGUUGUACUUUAAGGGGCAUAAGUGUCAAAACAAGCUAAAAUUCCCCCAUCCCGAGGGCGUGCUGAAACGUGCUAGUAUGUGGUGCUGUAGUUUUUUUGGUUACAUUCCAUUAAUGCAAUUUCAAAGAGUCGUUCAGCUGUGAGCUCGUAGACAAACUGUUCAAUGGACUGGAAUUGUUUUGCAUGUCUCUCCUGUUUUUGCACUCUUUGCUGCCCUCUCACUGGCAUCCUGCGAACGCCGUCCGCUCGGAACCGAGCCGGCGAUUCCAGGCCGUGAAUCUGUUUUCAGUGUUUUCAGUAGUGAGGAGUGAGUUCAGCGCUUACUGUGAUUGAUUAUAGCUGCUUGUCUUGUGCCCAUCUGGCUUUAACUUUCGAUUACGGCCGGCCGUCGUACGCUGUAUUUUUCAAUCGGGAUUUAAAGUGAUGCUUAUUUUUUUCCCCAUUAGUAGCAGAUUUCCUUUACCUUUCUUUUCGUAUCGGUACUUCAUUAGAGAGGGGCUUUAAAUGUCUGAAUGCAGGUCGUGUUGUGGUACAUUCUAGCGUAGCUGCCGUACGUUCGUCUUAUUUCAUGGUUUUAGCUUCGAUCCCCCAAAUUACGGUAAUCGUGUUUUACACUCAUACGGCAGAUGACUCUUAUUUCCGGUGAAACGAGCGUUUCUCCUGCCGUACCUGGAAUACACACACUUAGAAACGGUUGCGCCGAAAUAGACAAAAAGAACAAUGGCUUUAUAUUUUAUGAUUUGUGUUUCUAGCCUGUGUAGCCUUAAAGUCUCUUGAUUUGAUCCAUCUCUCCAGCAGAUUUUGGACAUAAGCAAUAGUAGUAUCAUGUUUCGUUAACAGACUGAACCGUAGAUCCUAAAGCACAAGCUCUGUAAUGCAUGUCUUUCUCAGGUUUUAAUAUGCGUAUGAGAAUGGAUACAUAUGUUAAAAUAUUUUACCAUAAAUAUUUCUGAUGUUUUUCUGCUGCUGACAUAAAAAGAAAAAAAAAGUUAAAAAAAAAAAAAAAAAAUAGUUGAAUAA